AUGGUCUCUGGGUUUAGAAAAAUAAAUCAAACGCAGAGCACGUUUUUGCAGAACAAGUAUCUUAUUGAGUCUUCUCCUUUUAGGAAGAUCAUAAUAAUUGUGGUUGUGGGCGUGACCACACUUUUGACGACGGGAGGCAGUCUUCUUGGUAAUUACUUAAAUGAAGAUUCCCCCGACCAAUCACCUGACAAAUCAUCUGGCGGACCCUAUGAAAGUAGAGUGGUUGCCACAGAUACACCGGAUUGCUCCAAAAUCGGAACCGACACCCUAAAAGUUAACGGUUUAGCAGUGGAUGCUGCCAUCGCCGCCAUGUUCUGUCUGGGUGUGGUCAGCAUGCACUCAUCAGGGAUAGGAGGUGGGGGAGUGAUGUUGGUGUACGAUCAAAUAUCAAAGAAAGCCACAGUCAUCGACUUUAGGGAAACUGCCCCAGCCACAGCUCACAAGAACAUGUUUAAAGGCAACGAACUUAAAGCCAAGAAAGGUGGUCUGUCUAUCGCUGUUCCCGGUGAGGUGCACGGUCUAUACGAGGCUUGGAAAAUAUAUGGUCGGUUACCAUGGAAACGCCUGGUUCAACCUGCCAUUGAUUUGGCCAAAGAUGGAUUUAUUGUAACUCAAGCUGUGAAAGAAGCUGUGCGUGAGAAUAAAGAAGAUAUUAAAAACGACCCAGGAUUAAGGGCGCUGCUCCUUAAAGACAAUGAGCUGGUUAAAAAGGGAGAUGUUAUUAAGAAUGUAGAGUACGCAAGGACUCUAGAAAGAGUGCGUGACGAUCCUGACUCCUUUUACAGUGGAACGCUCGCUAGGGACAUAUUGCGUGACAUUGGGAAAGUCAAUGGGAUCGUGACUCAAAGAGAUUUAAGGAGUUAUACGUCGAUUAUAAGAGAGCCAUACCAGAGUAACAUCCAGGACAUGACAAUGCACCUGACCCCACCCCCCACAAGUGGCGCUGUGCUGGCGCUGAUCUUAAACAUUUUAAGAGGGUACGACAUGACAUCAUCAGAUCGCGAUGACAAGAACACCAAAGGGCUUACUUAUCAUCGAAUCAUUGAAUCCUUUAAGUUCAGUUAUGCGAGGCGCGGUCAGCUUGGAGACCCCGAGUUUGACUCCAGAAUAAAUGAGAGAGCGGAAAUGAUGUUAGAUCCAGAACUAGGUGAUGACCUUCGUAAAAAAAUACGGAACAAGACAAACAAGAAUGGAGCGUAUUACGACGCGGAUUCAUUUUCGAACGCUGAUUACGGUACGACACACGUGGUUGUAAUGGACCAAUAUGGAAACGCAGUUUCUGUGACAUCCACUAUCAACAUGAAGUUUGGCGCUAAAUAUCGAUCCAAUAAAACAGGCAUCAUUUACAACAAUGAGAUGGCCGAUUUUGAUAAUCCUGACGACGACCCAGUGGAUGAUAUUUUUCCUUCACCAUUCAAUUUUCCUGAGCCAGGCAAGCGACCGUUCUCUUCCAUGUGUCCCACCAUUUUAACCGAUGACGACGGAAAAGUUCAGCUUGUCAUCGGUGCCUCCGGCGGGAAAAUGAUAACCACAGCAGUGUCACUGGUCUUAAUGAACAAACUCUGGUUUGGAGAUAACUUGUCUGAAGCAGUGGACAAACCACGACUGCAUUCACAACUGGUUCCUGAUCAAAAAGUACUUUAUGAAAACAAAACGAAAUAUCGCAUUGACGAAGCCGUAAGAAAUGACUUAAAAAAACGAGGUCACAACGUCAUUGGCAGUAAUUUGUUUGCUGUGGUGCAGGCGAUUUCUAGGGAACCUGACGGAAUAUACGCCAAGUCUGACCCGAGAAAGUAUGGUGCACCCGCGGGUGAAUAGAAGUGCGAUCCCGAGACACUCGCCCGACAAAAACUCGCUUUUAAACCCUAUCCAAUGUGGUAACAACUUAUUUUCCACAAAUGAGCGGAAAGCUGCAAUAAGCUACUGAAUAAUGGCGCUUCACUAGGAUAGAAAAGACAUUUUCCUUUUCUUUUUUAUAGAAGUUCUGAUGCAUCUUUUGUCGAAAUUAACGUUUACUGUUAGAAUUUGAGAAUGAUUUAUGAUCCUUGUCCUUUGAUAUCGUUCUCCGAUUUGAAUUAUGUUAUUUUAAAUAGGCAGAAGCGUUAAAUUCAUUCGUCUUUUUCCGUUGAUUUAAUUUUCUUAGAAUUUCCAUUUUAUUAUGUUGGACUCAGCUCUGCAUGGACGAGUAGAAUUGGUUUGCUUACACGCUAUAGAUUUAAUAGAAUAAAACGAGGUCACAACGUCACUGGCAAUUUUAGUUAGUUAGUUAUCCUUAAGUAGUUAGUUAUCCUAUUUGUUAUAGAAUUAAUCUUUUAUUAUAACUAUUUAUUAAUGUAGUUUCCUCGAAGAUAUUAGCACCCGAGUGCUACACUGUAAAUUCGAGGGAAAAUAAAGUUUAUUGAUUGAUUGAA